UGCUGCAGUCGGUAAACACUCCUGGCCCAGGAAUGGAUCUCAGCAGAACCCCAGCCUGGGAGCUGGACAAGUUCAUAGAGGAUCAUCUCCUUCCUAACACCAGGUUCCGUACCGAGGUCAGAGAAGCCAUCAACAUCAUAUGUGCCUUCCUGAAGGAGAGAUGCUUCCAAGGCGCUGCUCACCGUGUGAGGGUCUCCAAGGUGGUGAAGGGUGGCUCCUCGGGCAAAGGCACCGCGCUCAGGGGCAGAUCGGAUGCAGACCUAGUGGUGUUCCUGAACAAUUUCACCAGCUUUGAGGACCAAUUAAGGCAACGGGCAGAGUUCAUUGAGGAAAUUAAGAAACAGCUGAAUAAGUUUCAGUAUGAGAGAGGGGUGAAGUUUGAGGUCCAGAAUCCACGGGGGCCCAACUCCCGGGCUCUGAGCUUCAAGCUGAGCUCCCCCCAGCUCCAGCAGGAGGUGGAGUUUGAUGUGCUGCCGGCCUAUGAUGUCCUGGGUCAAGUCAACUGCAAACCUGACCCCCAAAUCUACGCCAGACUCAUCAGGGAGUGCAAUUCCCUGGGGAAGGAGGGCGAGUUCUCCACCUGCUUCACAGAGCUGCAGCGGAACUUCCUGAAGCAGCGUCCAACCAAGCUGAAGAGUCUCAUUCGCCUGGUCAAGCACUGGUACCAACUGUGUAAGGAGAAGCUGGGGAAGCCGCUGCCCCCACAGUACGCCCUGGAGCUGCUCACAGUCUAUGCCUGGGAACGUGGGAGUCUGUCCACUGACUUCAACACAGCCCGGGGCUUCCGGACAGUCUUAGAACUGGUCACCAAGUACAGGCAGCUUCGAAUCUACUGGACAGUGAAUUAUGAUUUCCAACACCAGGAGGUCGCCAACUACCUGCACAGACAGCUCAGAAGAGCCAGGCCUGUGAUCCUGGACCCAGCUGACCCAACAGGAAACAUUGCUGCUUCAAACCUGGAAGGCUGGAGGCGGCUGGCAGGCGAGGCCGCUGCCUGGCUGAAGUGCCCAUGCUUUAAGAACAGAGAUGGUUCCCCAGUGUGCCCCUGGGAUGUGCCGGUGAGAAUCUGCCUCUCUGCUGUCCCCUUGCACACAGCCUCAUUCUCUUCAUCUGCUUGCAGCAUAGCAUCUCAAAGGCCCCACGUUCCCCAAUUACAGGCAGCUGCCAGAUACUCUGCCAACAAUCUCACAGGACUGGGAAAAAUCAUCUGGGACUUCCGUACCGUGUUCUUAGAACUUUGCCAGACAAUCCUACAGAAAGGACCCAGCAGGAUUGUAGUUCUCUUUUCAGUUGUCAGUGAGAUGCUGAAGCUCUCAGAAAACCUUCGAGAACUUUCAGAUCAGCUUCACAUCCUACAGGACUAA